AUGAAUAACCAACUUUGCUCCAUGACUGAGGAGAAUGGCAGCCUCACUGAAAAGACCAAAGAGCUGGAGAGGCUUCAGAGUUUGCACAAACAGAAGAGAAUGUGUCCUGCAGGAUGGAAGGAGUUCAGCUGUAGCUGUUACCUCCUCUCUGAAAGGUCUGGUUCCUGGGAUUCAGCCAGAAAGGACUGCAGAGACCAAGGAGGACAUCUGGUGGUGAUAUACAGCUCAGACAUACAGAACUUCCUUGCUACAUUAACCCAGAAUUCGGCAUGGAUUGGUUUAAAUGACAAAGAAGAAGAAGGAACUUGGAAAUGGGUAGAUGGAACCCCACUGACUCUCACGUACUGGGCAGCUCAUCAACCUGAUGACUGGACUGCUAAAGAGGACUGUGCUCACAUUGCUGAGAAAACAGAGAAACUUAAACCAGUGAAACAGUUUGCAGGUCCUGAGCUGCAGAGCUGA